UUUGGAACGCCGGAGCAGACAGAAGGACACGGGUGAAAAAGCGACGAAGCGUGCGAACGGAGUGGAGCGGCUACUUUUAGCGCCCUUUUUUGUUUCAUUUUCCCCCGCUCACAAAAGCAACAUUUUGGCAACAACAUUUCGGCAAACAAAUUAAACAAAAAAUUUAAAAAACCAAACGAAUUAAGAAAUCUAAACGCGGGAAUAUAUAUAUUUGGUGUAUUCCGUGAUAUUUGUGUUCGUAAGCAAUUUUUUUCUGUUCUGUUCGGAACCGAUCACCCCCGAUAAACGAUAAACGCGAAUUCCAGUGAUCUUUUUUGGAAAAGGAGGGCGAAAACCGAGAAGAACUCACCGGUAAAGUGGAGAGUGCGAGAGAGAGUGUGCGUGAUCGAGAGAGAGAGAGAGAGAGCAUCACAUAGCAUCGGCAUUCUCGCUUCCCUCGCAAUUCGCAAACACAAAAUUCAAAAUUCAAAAUUACCCAGCAUUCGUUUCGGUUCCGAUAUUGGUUUCUUCAGUUCGUAUUAUUUAUCGAGUCUGCUGUUGUGUCUUUCUUCGCUGAAGAAAGAGAGAGAGAGAGAGAGCGCGCGAGAGCGGAGCAGCAGCAGGAAAGCAGAAGGAGAAGGAGCAGCAAAGAAGUCCAAGUCCGACGAAGAAGUGCCCAAAGCGAGGCGCAGAUAAUAAAAGCAAAUUAAAACAAAAAAAACCAACUAAAAAUCGCACAAAAAAAAAUUGCAUACAAAAAACCUAAACAAAACGAUCGGCUCAGCAGAGCCAACGAAAACGGAGAAAGAGAGAGGGAAAGAGAGGAAGAGGAGCAGCAGAGGAUGCGCCACUAAUCCCGGAGAGCGCGAGACAUGAGAAGCGGCAGCAGCGGAAGGAGCACGACAUAUGUAGCGGUCCAUGACGAGCAUUAAGACCGAGAUGCCGCCACUGCACGCGGCAGAGGCGCUCGCCGCCAGCAGUGCCACCGACAGCGGUGGGGGAGGAGGAUCAGGAGGAGGAUCAUCAUCAGCAGGAGGAGGAGGAGGAGGAGGAGGUGCGGGCGGACCAGGAGCGGGAGGCUCCGGCGGAGGAGGAGGCGGCGGCGGCAGUGCGCCCGCCACGCCCAAUGCCACAAUCAGCGCCGCAGCCGACUCCAGUGAUAACCAGCCCGGCACCCCGCAACCCCCGCAACAGCAGCAGCAACAGCCGACGCAGCAACAGCUGCAGCAGCCACAAGCACAGCAGCAGCAGGCCAUGGGCGGCGGCGAUCCCCAGCAGCAGCAGCAACAGCAGCAGGUCACGGGCAUCACCCACCAGCCGUACGCCACCCACCACAUGUACUCCGCAUCCGCCGGACAGCAGCAGCAGCAACAGCAGCAGCAGAUGUACGGCGGUCUCUACGGCGGUGACAUGCAACAGCAGCAGGGCUAUGCCAGCAGCUACAUCAACAGCUACGAGCAGUUCUACCAGCAGCAGCAACAGCAGCAGCAGGGCACCACCGACUACGCCUUUGGCGCCGUGGGCGUGGACUAUGCCAAGAAUGCCGGAGUGCGCUAUCAUCCCUACCUGCAGACCCCCACCUCGGGGCUGGGCGGCAUUCCAACGGGCAGUGCCGCCGGCCAGGAGGAGGCGGGCAGUGCGCCCAGCGCCGUCAGCACCACCACAACGGUGGCCAUGAGUCCGCGUGUGGUGAGCAGCAGCUCACCCACGUCGACAUCGUCGCACCUCCAGUUGGGCAGCUCCAGUGGCCAGACACCGGGCUCCCCGGGCGGAGCAACUGGCAGUGGUGGUUGCAAGUUGCAGUGCAAGAAGUGCGGCAUCCUCACCACCAACGAGUCGGAGCUGCAGGAGCACAUAGCCAAUGUGCACGGAGAGUCGCCAUAUGGCAGUAGUGGUUACGCCAGUUCGCCGUACAUCAAGGAGGAGAUGCCCACGCCACAGCCACCAGGCGUUGGCGGUACCACAGCGGCCAAUCCCGGCGAGCUGCUUGACCUGGAUUCCCAGAAGAUGGUCUACCACCAGCAGCUGCUUCAACAGCAACAACAGCAGCAGCAGCAACAACAACAGCAGCACGAUGCGGUCGCCGGCCUUCCGCUGGGCGCUCUGCCAGAUCCGCUGCACUCGAUGCAGUCCAUGCAGCAGCGGGCGCUCCACAGCUGGGAGCAGCAGCCACAGCAGACAGUGGCCUCUGUUGAGGGCCUGCCACCCUACAUGCAGCAGGGACUGGGCGUGGGGCUCGGCGUGGGAGUGGGCGUGGGUGUGGGCGUGGACAAGUCGCCCUACUAUUCGCCCAAGCAGUCGCCCUACCACCAGUCAGCCGGCGUUGGCGGAGCCACGCUGAUCAAGCAGGAGUACGGUGGCCACGGACUGAUCAAGUCCGAGUAUCCCGAUUCGCAGCACUAUGUGGACAAGUCCUUUGAUCCCACCGGAGCGGGAGGAGGCGGCGCGGAGUUGUGCGCCAGCGUGGCCACCAGUCCGGCGGAGUUUCCGAGCACCACCACCGGUGGUCCGGGGCAGGAGAGCGCGGCGGGUGCGGCGCCAGGAGGCGGAUACCGCGGCUUCGAGCCGCCCAGCUCCAGUUCCGUGCUGCCGGCCAACAGCCUGACGGCCAAGGCGGCCACCUGGAAGUCGAACGAGGCGCGUCGCCCCAAGACCUACAACUGCACGGCCUGCAACAAGUGGUUCACCAGUUCGGGCCACCUCAAGCGGCACUACAAUACGACGCUGCACAAGAAUGCGGUCAAGUCGAGCGGUCAGCCGGAUCCAGCCACCUUGCCCAUCUCGGCACACCAUCAUCCCGCCCGCGAUCCGGUGACGAAACCCAGUCGCAGGGGCACUGCCGCAGCCGCAGCGGCCGCAGCAGCAGCAGCAGCAGCUGCCGCCUCGGCCAGUGGUCAGCAGCAGCAGCCGCCGCCGCCACCGCCGCCGGCCAAUGUGCCACCGCCGGAGCCGCCCAGAAGUCCGCCCGAGUAUGGCGGGGGCGGCGGGUUGGGCGUGGGAGCGAUGGGCGGCGCUGCCAUGUCCCAGUACUCGGCCUCGCCCUCGCCCACCCAGCAGCAGCAGCAGCACCACCUCAACCAUCAUCAGCAGCAGGCCAAUGGCUAUGCUAAUGGCACCGCCAACGGCUAUGGCUACAUGCAGCAACAAGUGCAAUCCACGACAAACGCUUCACCACAGCACGCUUCCAACAACAACAACCAGCAGCAGCAGCAGCAACAACAACAACACCAUCAGCAGCAGCAGCAGAUGCCGCAGCACCACAACUCCGUUUUGAACGGUCACCCAAACGGGCUAGCAGGUCCCUCCGCCCCACACAACAACAACAACACCACCCAAAUGCCGUCCUCCCAAAUGAGGGGCCUGCUGAACGAAACAACAACCACGCCGCCACCAACAACAACAACCCGAGCACCACAAAUCACAACAACAACAACAGCAACAACGGCGGCCACCACGGUAGCUAUAAAGAGCGAGCAAAUGGAGGACAGCAACCACACACAUCUCAAUCACAAUCACAGCCAGGACAGGAGCCACAGCAGCAGCAGCAGCUCAAUGGCCACGGAGGAGGCGGAGGAGCUGGAGCUGCGGGAUCAGGAGCAGGCGGCGGAAGAUCACCUGCAUCAGCAGGCGGCGGCGGCCCAGCAAUAUCUGCUGGCGGCGCGCCACUAUCACAGCAGCACGCCCAACACGCUCAGCAGCAGCAGCAGCAGCAGCAGCAUCAGCAACACCAAUCCCAGCACGCCCAGCAGCAACUCGCCCCAUACUAUCUACCGGCAGGAGCCGCCGGGAACGGAUUUCUCGCGCACCACCCCGCCGCCGCAGCCGCUGCCGCCUAUGGGAAUGCUGCCGCCUAUGGCAAUGGACUACAACAUGCUGGCUUUGGAUAUGCCCAUGCCCAUGCCCACGCUCAUGCACAGCAAUAUGCUGCAGUGCAGCAGCACCAGCACCACGCCGCUAGCUACUACCAUCACCACCAGUAUGCCGGACACUAUGCAGCCGCAGCAGCAGCAGCUGGUGCACCAUUACCACCAGGCGGUGCUCCACCCGCACCAUCAUCAGUUGGAGGAGCAGCACCACCAGCGCCAGGAGGAGGACCAGCAUCAUCAGCAGCAGCAGCAGCGGGAGCUUCACCAACUGGAUCAGCAGCAGCAGCAGGCGUUAAUCCUGGCGGACAGUUUGCCGCACAGCAGCAGUUCGCCCACCAGCAGCUCCCCGCCGCCCACCAUGGCCAUGCCCAUGCCCAUGCCGCUCACCACCAUCACAGCGCCGCAGCUGCUGCCGCUGCAGCCGCCGCCGCCGCACAUCACCAGCACCAUGCCCAUGCCGCCCACCAUGCACAUGCCCAUCAUGCCGCCGCCGCCGCAAUGCUACCAGCAGCUGCAGCCGCUGGACCCCACAAUGAGCUAUCACACUAUUAUUGGUAGUAGUGGCGCCACGGCGGAGGCAACGGGCGGCGGUGCCUACGGCAAUCAGAUCACCACCAGCGAUGGCCAGAUCCUUCAGCUGAUGCCCGCCUCGCUGUUCGCGCCCUAUGCCCCGAUCUCGCCGUACUCGGUGGCCGCCCAGCGGUCGCCGCAGGAGGGCGAUUUGCCGCCCGUGCAUACGCUCACCACGGCGCUGCAUGCCCAUCAGCAGGGCGGGCAGCAGGAGGCGCAAACCCCAACGCUGACGGUGCUCUCGACACCCUACUCGCCCACGGUGAGCAGUUCGCGGGCCACUCCCGCGCUGGAGAUGGACAUGGCCACGCUGAUGCAGCACCAGCAGGACUACGAGAUGGAGCAGUAUCAGCAGCUGCAGCACCAGCAAUUGGAGCAACUGCAGCAGCACCAGCAACAGCAGCAGCAGCAGCACCAUCAGCAGCAACAACAGCAGCAGCAGCAGCAGCAACUGGAGCAGCAGCAACAGAUCCUGGCCGAUCAGGCCCAAUCCCUGGCCCAGCAGCCGUUGGCCAAGAAGCGACGAGGAGGAGGAGGUGGUGGUGGAAAUGCCACACCAUCGACGACGAAGCGACGGCGGAACAGCAGCGUGGGAUCAACGUCGCCGCACUCGACCACCCUGCCCUCCGGACGGAUCAAGUGUCUGGAGUGCGACAAGGAGUUCACCAAGAACUGCUACCUCACGCAGCACAACAAGAGCUUCCACUCCGCAUCCAGGAGGCAUCUCAAAUCGAAUCCAUCGAUGUAUUCAGCGAACGCCCAGAGACGGAUCAAAAUUUAAAUGAAUUGAAUAAUUUCGGACAACCCGCGAACUCGGGCCUUUGGCCAGGACAUUAAGGAAGGAGCAAAGGAUGGAUGUAAUACCCUUGGAAUAUACACAUCAAUUGGAAUAAAAAAAAAACCCCCCAACCCCGAUCAUCUUUAUAAAAAUGGACUUCAGGAUCUCCCCCCUCCAAUAAAUGUUAGUUUUUUUUACAUAUUAGUGCAAUAAUUCAGUGAGUUUUUUUUCGAAAGAUGUACUAAGGAUCCCCUUAAUCUCCUUAGUGUAAAUCUAUUCAGUUAUAUAUAAAACGCUUAACAAAAGAAGUACGUAUGAUCUUGAGUACUUUUAGCCCUUUUAAACCAACACCAUAACUACAAAUACACUUGCAUUCAUUAAGCUGUACAUACAAAAAGGUUCAAGGACUAAAAUUUGGUAAGGAUAAUGAAGAAGCAGCUGAAAAUUGUCUCCUAUAUCAACAUUGUGCAUAUCAUUUAUUGGGCAAACGGAAAAAAAAAACAAUAAUUAAACUUAAAUAGCAAAAGGUUAAAAGCAGGAGAGGCAAUACUUUUAGUUGAAAUUGAAUUGAAUUGAAUUGGAACGCAUUUCAUCCGUCAGUUGGGAGUGUUUACUGUGCAAUAUAAUGUAUUUUUUUUUUUAUGGAAAUGUUAAGGACGAAACUUAGCGAUAGCAAAAGAACCACAAAGGAUUACCUCGGCAGAACCGCUCAGAAAGUAAUAGAAAUCUACCUCGUUAGCAAUAAAAUGAUAAUUAAAGAAAGUACAUGUGCAAGUCAGCAGAAAUAUAUUUUAGUUUUAGUUCGAAUCUUAAUUUGGAAAGAAAGAAAAAACGAACAAAUCGAAGAAAAUGUCAACUAAUUAUACGUAAAACUAAAACAAAUAACUUUAAAUGUAAUUGUUUAUAUGCUAUUUAUACACACCUAUAUAUUAUAUACGAAGGAUACUUCUAGGCUUAAUGAAACUGGAUCGCCACGCCCCCUCACCCCCGGCCGCCCAUUCCCCCCACCCCCACGAGUUGCGUCAUUGUCAUCAGUUUAAAUUUGAAUCUUUACAGUUUGGCCAGCUACCAUAAAUUUGUUGCUCAUAUGACAAGGCAACCACGCCCACUCAAAAAACACCCCCCAUCCCCCGGGGGGCGGUGGCCCAAGGUGAAAGGGGCGGCGAUCAAAGGGGGUCACCUACUCCUGUGUAUGUACCAAUCCCCCUCAAUUUAUUUCAACAACGAAAAUCCAAUUGAGAAACUAGAAUCAAGAGACAAGUGAUUUCGAUGGUCCUGCAAGGAAAUAAUCCUGAAUCCCUAAUAAACCAAUAAUUGCUAUUGAUAUUUGUCUGCUAGUUCUGAUAAAUCCCAUGCCUAACAUGAAGUUUUAAUCUUUAAAUGAUCAUAACCCUUCAUACCUUUCAUUAUCCCAAAGUUAAGAAUCCAUCUUGCAGGACUAAUACUUUUUUCGGUUCACCGAUUGUAUUUUCCCCUCCCUGUUUGUGUUUAGAAUUAUACGUGAAUAUAGCAGUUUUUUUUUUGGUCUUAUAGCAGAACCCCUAAGCAAUACUUGAUGCAGGCAACUCUUUGGUUCGGAUUAUAACGACUCUUUCGAUCUAAGCUAAAUGCAAUUUCUUGAGAGGAAACACAAAGAGAGGAACUAAAAAACAUAUUUGAAUUAUGUAGCAACUACAUGUUAAAUUUUAGCAAUUAAUUAUUAAAACAAAAGGGAGCACAAAACCCGCAUGGAACUUACAAAUUAUACACACAUAUACGAAUAUGAUGAUCGGGUAUAUAUUUAAAGGAAAUUUUUAAGCAGCACCAAGUGAAAAAUAAACACUGAAACCGCCAAAGAGUUUAUAGGAAAAGUCUAACAAUCGCCAAAUGCAUGAUAUGUAUGUAUAUAUGGGUAGUGCUUCUACAAACCGAAAACCUUUUCCAAAAUAAGAAUUUCUAUUCAAUAGGAAAUAUUAAUUUUUUGCUUGUCAAAAUGUUUUCAAGAACCAUAAACUCUUAUUUUUUACCAUAGAACUUAUAACUCAAUUUCCUACAGUAACCUAUAAACUUAUUAAUUAUUUUACUAUAAAAUAAAACAAUAUUUUGGAAAUCUGUUCGGUUUGUGAAAGUAUUACCUGUGUGUAGUAGUAAUUUGAAAAAAAAAACAAAAUAAGAAGUAAAAACUCCAAUAAUUCGACAUGGAACCGUGUACCUAUUUCUCCACCAGCAAAUACACACAAAAAAAAACCAGAAACAUCAAAGCACACAGAUAAAGGUCUAUUAAAAUCAGAAUCGUAGGCGAUAAUAACCAAUUAUUUUUUGUGUAUGUUGUGUGUGCGUGCAUUGAUAUUUGUACAUUUUUACAAACCUAUAGCCACUUCAGAUGCAACCGCAACAGGCCAACAAAUCUCAAGAGAACCCAACUUGUAUCAGGAAUUUUAACAAAAAAAAAAGAUUUUAUAUAAUAAAAGUUAGGAAAACUCAAUGUUACAUAUAUAUAUUGAUAUAUAUGUGUGUGUGUGUGUGUUCUCUAAUAAGCACAUCUCAAUGUACCCCAAAAUCGAAUCGGAACCCAAGUUGUAGUCCGAAUAUCUGCAACCAAAUGAAUUUAUGCACUAAAAUCGCAAGCAGUGAAAACGAAAAUUAUCUCUAUAUAUGUAUCUCUAUAAUAAACCUGUACAUACAUUUAUGUGUACAUACAUAUAAACGACGGGUCUCCCCUCACCACCCCCUGUACCCAAAAUGGAGAAUCGAAAUUGUCAAGCCAAGAAAUUAUUGGUAGCAAACUAACAUGACACAUGACAGAAAAAAUGAA